UAUGAAAAAGAACAAAUAAGUAUCUGCAAAAACUAAGUAUCUCAAAAAGAAAAAAGAAAUGCCAAGUGGCGUAGAUGAUUUGGCAACGCAUGAAGAAAAUGAUAUUGUCAAAUUUGCUUAAACUAAAUAAUAGCAGAGCAAUAAAUUCCAAUAAAUCUAAUUAAAACCAACAGAUCUAAGUUCAAGCGAUGAAGAAGUUGAUGUUUAAAAUAAAGAUGAUCCUGAUGAACAAUCUCGAUUUGUGUUGGGUCUUAUAUAGAAAAAUGUAUUAUUUUAAGUAUUUUGAUUAGAGAGUUAAUGAAAAAAAUUCAUUUGACAUCCCUAUGAUUAAUCUUAGAGAUUUGAAUGCCUUUAAAUGUAAUAAAUAAAAUUAUUGUAGAAAUUGAAUAAGGAGAUGCUUGGAAACAUAUAUCAGCAUCCUUAGAUGCAGGUUCAAAAAUAUAUGGAUUUAGAGUAGAUCUGGUCCAUUAAAACACAUUUAAAGUCUUGGGUGGAUUACAUAGAACAUAGAUUCCUGAUAAAUAAAAUUAAGAAGUUGAAUAAGAAUUCGAAUAAGAGUAAUUGAGAAAAAAAAAAUUACACAAUACAGGAGGUGAAAAUACUUUAGAAAAAAAUCAAGCCAAUAUUGAUACAAAUAAAUAUGAUUUAGAAUUUGAGAUUGAUCCGUUAUUUUAACAAACUUCUGCAAAAUUCGAUGAGGCUGGAGCUAAAGGGCUUUUGAUGAAUAAUUUAACAAUCAAUGAGAAUUUAAUGCUUGCAUUAGAUUCCGAAGUUCUACCAAUAAAACCGAUUUAAAGCACCAUAAAUAUUGAAAGUAAAUUUCAUAUUUAAAUCAGACUAUAAAUCUAUGCUCAAAAACCUUAAUAACUUAAGACUCUGCCCUGAACUAACUGAAUUUAGAGAAAAUAUUUUUUAGAAAGGACAAAGGUUAGUUGAUCUUAAACAAGAGAAAACUUUUAUGGCAGUUAUGAAUCCAGUAGGAAUGAAUAUGGAUUUUCAAGUCGAAGAUCAGCAAUAUGAGAACAUGCCUGAAGAAAUGAAUAUCGAUGAUCAAGCAUCAAUUAACUCUGGAAAUUAGAAUUGCUAAUCGUUAUUUUAGUAGUAAGGUCAAUAGUUUUAAUAAAAUAAAUUUAACAUUUUAAAUUUUGAAUAGGCAGCAGCCAAUAUUGGAACAGGCAAAGUUUUCGAAAAUGAAAAGGAACAAGUAGCUUGGAUGGCACUUGAUAUGAAUUUAUAACCAAAAAAAAAAAUAGCAUGCCUCUAGAAUGAUAAAUCGAAAAAAAAUAAGUCUAAAAAGAAAAAUGGUUUACCUUUUGCAUUUGGAGAUGAUGAAGAUGAAGAAGAAGAAUUUGAUCGAAAAACAAUUUUGCAACCUAAAGAGAAGGAAAACUAUUGUAUUAAUAAGGAUCCAUUAAAGCAGUUAAAUCUUUUGCCUAAAUCUUAUUAAAUAGAUAGACAAGAGUAGUUAAUUUUGAUUUAUAAUAGUUUAUACUAGCCAUUUUAAAUUGCCAAAAUACCUUAAUGGGGAGAAGAGAUUUUUGAAGAAGGAUAAAUAUAAAAUGAUAAUUAUGAAUAUGGUGGAAUUGAUGAUGAACAUCCAUAAUAGUUAUAAUAAAAUAUGGGAAUAGGAUCUUCAUUACGAAACAACCCAACCGGGAGACUGAAUAUACCUAUUAAAGAACUCAAAAGCCAAGUCUGGUCCACAUUAUCAAAAAAAAUACCAGUAAUUAAUUUAAGUAACAAUAGUUAUCAACAGAAAAUCAAGGAUUAGAAUUUAAUUAGAUUAAUUAAAUUUUACCUGAAAUAUUAAAAAUGCCUACAAAUAAAGGAAGAGUUUCAAUAUAAACUUGUUUUGUGACUAUGUUACAUCUAGCAAAUGAAUAAGGCCUGAAAUUCAUUUAGAACAAUGAUGAAAAUGAUUUUGUUAUUUAGCGUGAAGCUAUCAAAUGA